AACCAGGGCUUGGCGGCCUUUGAGGUGUACUAUCUAUCGCUACAGGGUACGAAACUGACCGAUGGGUCACUGAGCACUGCCGUCAUUUUGGGCGAUAUUCGACUGGAUGACAUUCGCCCGGGCCGGGAGAACAUGUUGACCCGAAUGAUGGAACGUCGCUCGGUGAAUCCAAAGAUCAGUAUAGCUACCCGCAGCGACGAUGAGGAAACACUAGCCCUGACGGCUCCGCUGCACUCGAUGAUUGACAUCACGUUCAAUAUGCGGGAGAACGAUAUGUUCGUUGACGUGAAAGUUUCUAGCUUUAAUCUGAUCCUGUCGGUGGACUUUUUGUUGAAAUUGCAGCUGUUUUUGCAGCCGGAGGAAUUGGUCGAACAGAAAGCGCUUCAAGCGGCCGAGGAACAGGCAAGGCGGGAGAGGAAAACUAGUGGAGCGUAUGCGCAAAUGGAUAAAACGGAAACAAGCCAGAUGACGAUUAUUCUUAAAAUUGAACAACCGGACAUUAUUCUGGUGGAAAAAAUGGAUGACAUCAACUGCUACGCUUUAAUAUUAAACAACGAAAUAUCUCUGAACGUUCGUUUGAUUGGAGAGCGUCAAAUCAUCAAAGGAGAGCUGAAAGAUCUCUGUUUGUAUUACGCAGAAUACAACCCAGAAAGACGGAAUGAUACGAAACAUUUUGUAAUUAAUCCAUGCUCAAUCAGUUUGAACGGAUCCACGCCAGAAGGAAAAGGUUUACAUCUCAGUUUGAAUUCAACUAAUAUCAAGAUCAGUCUUUCGCCGGCAGUGAUUGAGCUUAUCAACAAUGCUCUGCAAACGUUGACAGCUAAUGAGCAGAUCAAGCUUGAUAAAACGAUGACCGAGAAGGAUUAUAGUGAUCUUUGGGACAUCAAGGGUUACGAUCCGGACGAAUUUUGGUUCAUCAGACCGGAAAUGGCUGAGGAUGCCUUGAGUUUGGAGUCGUUGCGAACGAUCGAGGUAAAGGAGGAGAAAUGCAUGGUUGAAGUACCAUCGAUUUCCUUGAUCAUCGAAACUGGACUGGGGAUUAACACGAUACCGAUGUUGUUUAUCGAAACCAGCAUGCAAGCAGAAAUAUCGAACUGGAGUUCUGACAUGAAAAUCGGAAGUUCCCUUCGUUUAAGCAUGUCGUAUUACAAUCAAGCUUUGGCGCUAUGGGAAUAUGUUAUCGAACCAAAUGAAGUGGAGCAGCCCAAAGGAUCUGUUGAGAGUCUUCCUUGGGAGUUAACGUUCGAGUUGGAAGUCGAUCACCACGAAGAUCGAUCGAAAGAUCCAACCACGAAGAUAAUGAUUGCAUCCAGAGACAGUUUGGAAAUGACGGUUUCCAAAACUUGUCUGGAAGUGUUGCAAAAUCUUGGAAAAGCUUUUUCGGAGGCUAUAAAGCGUGAGGGAAUAACGGCGGCUGAAAUAGAAGCUCCAUAUACUGUCCAGAAUGACACGGGUCAAGAUAUCAAAAUAAAUUUUAUUGGUAGCGAUUUUGUUAUCCAUCCGUCCCAUCUUCAACCUGGAAGGGAAAAUGAGCUUAUCGCCAUUGAACAGACGGGAGAAAACGACGUAAAAAGUUGUAUCGUGUUACCUAAUGGAAGGUUGAAUCUGGAACCUCGUGAGAAAGGCACAGAUCUUUCCACGCUAACCGUAAUGCAACCCUUCGAGAAUAAGGCAACCAAAAAAUUUAUCAAAGUCAUAAUCGGUGAUACGGAAAAAGAAUUGACCCUUCCAGUUUACAAGUCUGAUAAACGUUAUUUCCCACUGUAUCGUAAAACCGACCAAGAACCGUGGGCAAUCAUCUCCGAAGUAAAAAUAGAACACGGCGCAACUGUGGUUGUACUCAGAGGAAUCGUUCAAAUCUACAAUCAUUUUACUGCCCCAAUGUACGUGCAUCAGUACAUCGACCACGAAAAGUAUCUGGUUGGGGAAAUCAGUCCCGGUGGCUUCUUCAACAUUCCUCUAUACUUUUUGUACACCGACAACAAAGAUUUGCAUUUUUCGAUGAAGGGCUACCACUCCUCGGCUCAGGGUAUCAGCUGGAAAGAAUCUCCCAACAAUCUUCAGCUCAUCAAAUCUCUUCAGUGCGAUCCCAUUAAGACUUUUGAACCGUUCUACGUUAACGCCGUUCGGGAACGCCAUGACGUAUUCCACGAGGUAACCUCCAAGCAUACCAUGCUAAGUGCAUGCUACGAAAUCCAUCUCCGACCGCCGUUGAUGCUGAGAAACGCACUACCCAUUGGGUUAACCAUAUCGGUGGCCGGUUGCUCGGUGCGCCGCGAGCUGGAAAGCGAUUAUAAGAUCACCAGUUCGGAAACUUUAUCCUCCAAUACGUCGACCAUUGUUGGCGAGGAUUAUCUAGACUAUGGGGAGAAGUUGCUACGACCCGGAGAGUUGUUGCAUUUGCCCACAGUUAAGACAGCGGGGGCACGAGCUGUUCAGGAAACGUCCUACAUCGUUGCAAGGCUCGUCAACUAUCUGGAAAAGGAUUGGUCAUGCACUACUGAAAUCCCGGCCAGUCCGCCCGAGUUUGGAGUGUGGACUUUCAAUUCCUACGAUUCUGUUGAAGUGAUGUCCCUGCAACUCGGUGUUAAAUUUGAAAACCGAAUCGAUGGUCUAACACUGAUUGUGUACUGUCCAUUUUGGAUGCUCAACAAAACUGGUCUCAUGCUUAGCUAUAGGGCAAAUGAUGAAAAUACGAACAUCCUGUAUCAUCCACCGGAAUACGAAGGUCCCAUUUUGUUCUCCUUCCGGGAGAAAGCCUUUUUCGGUAAGAAAAAGGCUUCGAUCCGCGUGGAUACCGGCGAAUGGAGCGAAAAAUUUUCAUUGGACGUGGCCGGCUCGAGUGGAGUCAUCGCGUGCCAAGCUAACAACAUGACCUACCAGAUUGGAGUUAACAAUACCCUCACGCAUAACUCUCUCACGAAGCAAAUUGUGUUUAUGCCAUACUUCGUGCUCAUAAACCGCGCAGAGUUUGAUGUUGAAGUACAGGAACAUCUGCGGACAGCGGACAGCUGGACCAAAGUAAAAGUUAACGAUUGUGUUCCGCUGUGGCCUAAAACCGAAGAUAAUCGAAUGCUGCGAGUUAAAGCUUCUGGGCGUCCGGAAAUUACUGCCUCCUUCAAGUACACCGAAGUUCAAUGUACGCUUCUACAGCUCAAAAAUCGCUACGGUGGCAUUAAUGUUGAUGUCCACGUAACGGAGGGCGCCAUCUACAUCACGUUUUCUGGUUAUCAUGUUGGGGAUGCUCCAGCUCUGCUGAUGAACCACACCUGUGAGCCGUUUGCAUUCAAGGAAAAGGGUGAUGUUAAUGGUAAAAUUCUGAUGCCUAAUCAGAUGGUUCUGCACACCUGGGUCAAUCCAGCUGGUGAGCGUAAGAUAAUUUUUGAUAGCGGAUCGAAACUGGCCCCAGUGGAAAAUGACCUACGCAAGGACGACAUCAGUGAGUUCGCAUCGCCAAGUGAUAAAGCCGUCUAUUGGGUAUCUUUCCUCAACGGAACUCAACGAAUUUUGCUUAUAACCGAUAACGCUAACAUUGCUUACGAGUUGCAUUCUGCAAGUCGUUUAGAUCAAGUCACACAGGAAAUAAAACUAGAAAUUCAUGGCGUCGGCCUGUCGCUUGUCAACAAUGCUAAAAAGACUGACCUUAUGUACAUCGGAAUUGCCAGCUCCGGGGUUAUCUGGGAAGAAUGCAAACGUUCGGGUCGCUUCAAACAGAUGAAAAUACAGGAAACAAUCUACGUUGAAAAUGCCUACCAAAACUACCUCCGUGAUGUCGAAAUUGGCGCUUCUUCCAACAGAAAAUACUUCCUCGAGGGAGAGAAACGUCUGGAGGUAAACUUUCGAAACAACAUCAUUAAGAAAUCCACCGAUCGAGCCAUCAAGCGCACCUUUUACCCCGGCAUAUGGCUAGAGAUGAAAUCCUCCUCCCACCAGCUGCAGUUCCACGCCAAAAUCAAUCGAAUACAAAUCGACAACCAGUUGAGCGACUGUAUCUUCCCGGUCGUUUUGGCACCGAUUCCUCCGCCCAAAAGCGUUGCUGCAACAACCGAAUUUAAGCCUUUCAUCGAGAUGAGCAUGGUUCAACGAAUAAUUCCACAUUCUAAUGUAAAGCAAUUCAAAUACUUACGGGUACUGAUGCAGGAGUUCCACGUCAAGGUGGAUCUGAUCUUUAUCAAUGAAAUAUUCGAGAUGAUCAGCACAGAAAUAACGGAAACUGAAGCGAAAAAACUGUUCGCUGAAGAUCUCAAAGUGCAAACCCAGCCGCUCAAUGCGCACGUGGCCAUGCAGUCGCAAGUAGAGGUGAAAAAUUUCUACGACAAUCUUCACCUGGGACCGUUGAAAAUUCACGUCAGCUUUUCGAUGGCCGGUUCCGAAUCGAAAGCUCUCCCGGGAAUAUUGUCCACUAUUUUGCAAGGUGUUGGCGUUACGCUCACCGAUAUUAAUGAUGUCGUUUUUCGAUUGGCGUUCUUCGAGCGGGAGUUUCUGUUCUUAACGCAGCGCCAGCUGGUUUCGGAAUGCGUCACUCACUACAGUGGCCAAGCCGUGAAGCAACUGUACGUUCUGGUACUCGGUUUGGACGUUAUUGGCAAUCCGUACGGAUUAGUCGUUGGUUUUACCAAGGGCGUGGAGGAUCUCUUCUAUGAACCGUUCCAGGGAGCGAUUCAGGGACCUGGUGAGUUUGCCGAAGGUCUUGUGCUGGGAGUGAAGUCAUUGUUUGGACACACGGUUGGAGGAGCAGCCGGUGCUGUUUCGAAAAUAACGGGUGCCAUGGGUAAGGGACUGGCAGCGCUCACGUUCGACGAUGACUAUCAGAAAAAACGCCGUGAUGCCUUGAACAAAAAACCUUCAACCCUGCAGGAAGGAAUAGCUCGCAGUGGCAAGGGUCUGGUCAUGGGAGUGUUUGAUGGUGUAACGGGGGUGUUCACCAAACCGAUAAGUGGAGCCAAAGAGGAAGGUGUCGAAGGUUUCUUCAAAGGUUUGGGCAAAGGAGCAGUUGGGCUGGUGGCACGUCCUAUUGCCGGUGUAACGGACUUUGCCAGUGGAAGCUUCGAUGCGGUCAAACGUGCAACAGAACUGUCGGAUGAAGCCAUGCGACUGCGACCGCCACGUUUUCUUCACACCGACGGUAUAGUGAGGCCUUACAAUAAGAAAGAAGCCGAGGGCAACAAGUUGCUUAAGGAUAUCGAUAAAGGAAAAUUUGCUGCUACAGACGUGUUUGCAUAUUACGAAUCUAUCCUAGAAAAUAAGGAUGUGGUUGUGUUAACCGACUCUAGGAUCAUUUAUGCAACAAGAAACGAUCUUUUCGGUGGAUGGCAGUGCGAAUGGUCACAUCGCUGGUCUGAAAUUUUGAGCGUCUCGAUCGUUAACGAUGGUGUGGAAAUGGUGCUCAAAAACCGCGACGGAAAGUCAGCACUGAAGAAAAUGUUCAGCUCUUCUAGCAGCCAGAAGAAAAUUUUGUUGCUACCCAUGGAAUACAAGCGUAACCGGUUGGCGGAAUUUAUGGAAAGGUUACGGUGCAAAGCCGAAUAAGUCGGAAGCAUACCCCAGAUUCGAUAUUUUGAUGUAUGAUCGCGAAGAGCUUUUUGCUGCAACGUGUAUCGCCAUAAUAAUUAUGAACUGUUUUAUCGCAUAGCGAGAGUACAAGACAAAUAAGUUUUAUCAUUAGCGGGCACUGAUAUGCUUAAUCGGUAGCCUUUCUGCAAAAGCGAAGCCAAGCGUCCAUUCGAUUGUAUUUAAGGCAAAGGCAGCUUGAAAACGAGAAAUAUAUUCCAGUGUUAGAUGUAGGUUUUCAUGAAGUUAUUCAUAUUAUUAUAAACGUUCCAUCAAUGUUAGCUCAACCUAUCUAUAUUAUUUCUGACUCUUCACUUCGUUCUAUAUUUCCACAUUUCGCUGCUCCACCCGCUUGAUUCGUACAACGGAAUUGAACAAUCUAUAUGAGAAAAAAUAUAUCGAGACCAAGUAGAAACUACACUUAUACUAUAUUCGAAUAUUAAUAGAAAGUCAAAAAAAAAGUUAGCUGUAAUUAUAAUACAACAACAGAAGCAAUCUCCUGUUUUUCUACGAUAGUGUGAUUAUUGUUGCUUACGACUGUUAUAGCAUGUACAAAAUAUGACGAAGGCUUUUCUUUAUGAUUUGUUUAACAAAAAUCGAUCAAUUAUUGUUGAAUUAUUUUCGAUUAUUUUAGAAAUAAAAAAAUGACAUAUGUUUCUAUA